AUGGCUCUGCGCCUCCUCCUGCCGCUGCUCCUGCUGGCUGCCACCCUCCUCAUCACCCAGGCUCAAGGCAUUGGCAGCUCAGCCUCAGACUGCUGCCUGAAGAACAGCCGGAGACCCAUCCCCAGCAGCUGGGUGAAGUCCUACAGCCUCCAGGGACCCGAGUCGGGGUGCUUGCUGCGUGCCGUUGUAUUUACCACCAAGAAGAACAAGAAAAUCUGCGCCUCUCCCACUGACUCUGCUGUCCAGAAGCUGAUGCAGAACCUGGACAAGAAAGUCAAGAAUGACAAAAAGGACAAGAAGAGGGGACAGUCCUCACGUUCCAAGGGCAGACCCAAGAGGCAGAAGCGGCAGCAGGUCUAA